AUGGUUUCUGGUAGUUAUCGAGUUGGCAUGCAUUUGUUAACCUCUGCUUUAAGACUUCUUGAACCAAGAGUAGAUGAUGAUUUCGUGGAUCGUCUUCAUUACCUCUACACUUCAACAAUGUUCUUUUUAUUCUCCAUUAUUGUAUCUGCUAAACAAUAUGGCCAUCCAAUUGAAUGUUUUGUACCAGCUCAAUUUACCAAAGCUAUGGAACAGUAUACGGAAAAUUAUUGUUGGGUUCAGAAUACCUAUUGGGUACCAUUCCAGGAUUUAAUACCGCAUCGUUUGGAUGAUCGAGAGCGUCGACAAAUUGGUUACUAUCAAUGGGUUCCAUUUGCUUUAGCUAUUGCAGCCAUCAUGUUUCAUAUGCCAUCAACUAUUUGGCGAAUACUUAGUACACAAUCAGGACUGAACAUGUCACUGGUGAUACAAUUGGCAAGCCAGGACCAAAAUGUCGAUCCGUUAAUACGAGAUCAUUCUGUUGAAGUACUGACUAGGCAUAUUGAUGAUGCGCUGAAAUAUCAACGUGAUUAUGGUAGUCGAAAUAAAAGUGUAUAUUUAUUUGCAGUGCUAAAGUUAGGUAAAAUCUAUGGAGCAUAUGUAUCAGUUGUUUAUCUCUUCGUGAAAAGCUUACAUCUGUGUAACGUUAUCCUACAAUUUAUUAUGCUUAAUAACUUUUUGGAAACAUCCAAUUAUCCAUUCUUCGGUGGUCAUGUUCUCUAUGACCUCAUCAUGGGUAGAGAAUGGCGUGAUUCAGGACGUUUUCCACGUGUAACACUGUGUGAUUUUGAAAUACGGGUUUUGGGCAAUGUUCAUCGACAUACGGUGCAAUGCGUUCUCGUUGUUAAUAUGUUGACAGAGAAGAUAUUCCUGUUUUUGUGGCUUUGGCUUCUACUACUCUCAUUUGGUACUGCCAUAAAUAUGAUCAUUUGGACAUUAUCAUUAUCGCUUGCAGACUGGAGACAUGCAUUUGUCACCAAAUUCCUGGAAUGUGAAUCCAAUCAAACUCAUCGCUUUGUGCAUCAUUUCCUUCGUCCCGACGGUGUACUCAUUCUGCACUGCAACGCACCUUUGAUAGUGGCACGAUUAUACACAUCGAAUACAGCGCAACAUAUGGACAUUCUGGAAAUUCUAAAAAUGAUUGCUUCACAUGGUGGUAAUAUUGUAUGUGCACGUCUUACGGAAUCUUUAUGGAUGAAAUUUUUGCAACGAAGUGGUAAGCUAACCGUAUUUGAUGUGGAAAAAGCAGUAUGUCCGGAAGAACGAACUAGCAGGAAUGGCAGUAAACAUAUGGAUGAAGGAAGUUGGCGUGAACCAACAAUGCCACCUCCAAUGCCGUUACUAUCUAGUUCUACUCAAUUCGUCUAA